AUGUGGAUGGAAAAGAUUUUUCUUUAUGCUAAUUCAACAUUGCUACCAUAUCAAGGAUAUCAUUUAACAACUGAUGAAUGCAAUCGUUAUUGGUUCUCAUUAGGAUUAUAUGGUAUUCAGAUUUUUAAUAGUCAAGGUUUACUAAUUGGAGAUAUUACUCAAAAGUCUUCAUUUAUCUUUGAAAUGCUAAUUUCAGAAAAUUAUGUGAUUUAUUUAUCAAAUACAAUAUUAAAUCAAAUUCGUAUUGAUUUAACCAUACAAUGUUGA